AUGGUGGCCACCAAGCCGCCGGAUGAUGCCCAAACCAAAAACCUCACGUUUGCUCAAAUACUUAACGGCGCAAAGCCAAAUCCGAGGAAGUUACAGCAAGGAAUUGGAAGAAGGAUUAAUGAAGAUGUGGUUAUUCACUCCAAUCCGACAAUCUUUAAAGGUGAACCAGCUUUCCUAUUGACUAAGGAUGAAGAUGACAAACUUGCCGAGCCAUUCCAAUUCGCAGUAAUCGGAAAAUUCUCAAAAGGGAAGCUGACGAUGGAGUAUCUAUGGAAUCAGUUCCAGAAGAUUGGUUUCAAAGCUCUAGUUUGGGUAGCCUUUGAAGGACUGCCUAUUCACAGAUUUAACGAGAAGUAUCUCUGUAAACUAGCAAGUAUCAUCGGUAAUCCACUGAAGAUCGAUGUUUCGAGGCUCAACAUGUCGCGGCCCUCAAUCGCAAGAGUGUGUGUCAAAAUUGAUUUGCUAAAUGAUUUCCCUCAACGAAUACGACUCAGAACUGAAGAAAGCUCUUAUUAUCAGCCUGUUAGUUAUGAGAAUUUACCGGAUUACUACUUGGAAUGUCAUAAACUUGGCCACUUAGUGAAGGAUUGUCGACAUUUAAAGGGUAAAAGGACAGGUAAUGAAGAUGCAGUUACGCAGAAACAGCCUGCUCAAAGUAAGGUUGCUACGCCGGUGGUUAUUGCAAAAUCUAAGGUUCAGAUCAACAAGGCUGAGAGGAAACAGAAAGAAAGGGAACCUGAAAAGCCAGUUUCGAAUGCUGCAGUGAAAGAAACCUCUACAUCAGGACUAUCUGUGAGUGAAAAAGCAAAGAUUCCGAUAGAUAUUGAACAUUCAAGUCCUCAGUUUAAUCAGACUUCUUCUACAAAGAGACAAUUUUCGAAGGAUCAAUUGUGUAUUGUGUUACAAAAUACUCAACUCAACGAUAUUUUGUUGGACUUGAAAGAAGAUGAGGAACAGCAACUUGAUCCAGUAGCUGGGAAUAUGGACAGGCAGAUCGUUGUCUUUUAA